GUUUGAAUCAAACCGUUUGAUCGUCCCGCCCUUUUGAUCACACACCUUAAUGUAUUUAUGGCUAGCUCCGUGAGUAGGGUAAUUUGUAUUCUGUGAUUAAAGUGAGUAGUGUGAGCUGUCAGCUGUCACUUGUGCUUGUUUUGAAUUUUCGUGUAGGUAUUAUACUUCCAUUUAAUUUAAUUUUCUAGCUUCUAUUAAAUUAUAAGACAAAUUAAUUAUUAAAAUCAACCAGCUACGACAACUGUAUUCUUGUAGGAAUGUGUACAAUUAGUUUUUACUAAUACAAUUUUUAUAAAGUCUAAACAGUUGGCGAAUGUUGAUGGUUUUCUUGUGUCCAAUUUUGUUAUGAGAAAAUAUGGUACAAAACAAUAAUAAGAGAUCCAAAUACAAAAAAUCUAUUUGAACCUGUAAAAGUGUAUAAACAGUUGUAGUCACAAUGUGUAUUCCUGCAUUAUUUGUAAUUGUAUUGAUUUUUGGUGCAGAAGCAUCUCUACAUCAUAAUCUGAAACAUUAUGAGACACUCCAUGUAUCUAAAUUCUCUCAUCAUAUAGUUAAAAGAGGAGCAAAAUUAUCUAACCAUCCCUUCAAUACAAUAAAGGAGCUGCACUUCCAAACUCUGGGAAAAAAUUUUAGACUCAUCCUGCAUCCUCACACAUCUAUAUUGCACUCAAAUUUCAAGGCUUAUUCUGUUGAUGCAGAUGGAAAUAAAACUUUUGUACAUGUUGACAGAGACAAUUUUUACACUGGGCGUGUGUUUGGAGAGAGCUCGUCAGACGUGAAGCUACACAUUCAUGAUGGAGUUAUAACUGGAAUCAUACACACACCUGGGGAGACCUACCACAUUGAGCCAUCAUGGCGCCACUUGCCGGAGAAAGAUGACAAGACUAUGAUAACAUACAGAUCUUCAGACAUAAAGUAUAGUUGGGCUGAUCCUAACAAUAGCAACAAAAAGAUUUGUGGCUACGUCAAGGAAGGCAGAGAGUUAGAAGAAGAUGAUGAUGAUCAAACCACAGACAUGGAGGCAAUGCUUCAACAGUCCGAGAAGGAUAAGUAUUUUGACAAGGAUAAUAAUAACUUAAGUAAGGAGUCAACCGACGCUAAAACAGAUAUAAAGACUGGCAGGAGAGUGAAAAGACAGAGUGAUUAUGAGUACACACCAACUAAAACAAGGUGCCCCCUAUUGCUGGUCGCAGAUUACAGAUUUUUCCAAGAGAUGGGAGCAAGUAACACUAAAACGACUAUAAGCUAUUUGAUAAGCCUUAUUGAUCGAGUUCAUAAGAUUUACAAUGAUACAGUGUGGCAAGAUCGCCAGGAUGCAGACGGUUUCAAAGGCAUGGGAUUCGUGAUAAAGAAGAUCCUGGUACACUCGGAGCCGACUCGCGUGCGCGGGGGCGAGGCGCAUUACAACAUGGUGCGAGAGAAGUGGGACGUACGCAACUUACUCGAGGUGUUCAGCCGCGAGUACUCACACAAGGACUUCUGCCUGGCGCACCUGUUCACGGAUCUCAAGUUUGAGGGCGGCAUCUUGGGGUUGGCGUACGUCGGUUCGCCGCGCCGCAACUCGGUGGGCGGGAUCUGCACGCCGGAAUACUUCAAGAACGGUUAUACCCUCUACCUCAACUCGGGACUAUCAUCGUCACGCAACCACUACGGGCAGCGCGUGAUCACGCGCGAGGCGGACCUGGUCACCGCCCACGAGUUCGGCCACAACUGGGGCUCCGAGCAUGAUCCUGAUGCCGCCGAGUGCUCGCCCGCGGCCGCGCACGGCGGCUCAUACCUCAUGUACACGUACAGCGUCAGCGGAUACGACGUCAACAAUAAGAGGUUCUCGCCGUGCAGCCUGCGGUCGAUCCGCAAGGUGCUGCAGGCGAAGUCCGGGCGCUGCUUCUCGGAGCCCGAGGAGAGCUUCUGCGGCAACCUGCGCGUCGAGGGCGGCGAGGAGUGCGACGCCGGCCUGCUAGGCACAGAGGACAACGACAUGUGCUGCGACAAGAACUGUAAGCUGAGGAAGAACCAGGGCGCGGUCUGUAGCGACAAGAACUCGCCGUGCUGCGCGGGAUGCGUGUUCGCGGCGCCGGGCGUGGUGUGUCGCGAGGCGGCGCACUCCGCCUGCGAGGGCGAGGCCGUCUGCAGCGGCGCCUCCGCCGACUGCCCCAAGGCGCCGGCGAUAGCAGACGAGCACGAAUGUGCGGAGCGCGGGCGGUGCCGCAACGGGUCGUGCGUGCCGUACUGCGAGACGCAGGGCAUGCACAGCUGCAUGUGCGAUAUCGUUGCGGACGCGUGCAAGCGUUGCUGUCGUAAGAGUCUGAACAAGACGUGUUUCCCCGUCGCGCACAACGACAUCCUGCCUGACGGCACACCCUGUAUACAAGGAUUCUGCAACAAGGGCGUGUGCGAGAAGACGAUCCAGGACGUGGUGGAGCGGUUCUGGGACAUAAUCGAGGACAUCAACAUCAACAACGUGCUGGGCUUCCUGCGCGACAACAUCGUCGGCGUCGUCGUGCUCGCCACCGCGCUCGUGUGGAUACCCGCUAGCUGUGUGAUCAGCUAUGUGGACCGUCGUCGUCAGCGGGCGCACUUGAAGUUGUCGCAGUGGGAAAGGCAGCGCGACCUCGUGCACCCCGCCUCACCACGCAAGAUCAUACACACUAGAUUGCCAAAGCAGAAACCUCCGGGAUUAAAAACUAUUAUUCAAGGGACGAGUCAAAUUUAAUUCUGCUACACUUAUGUAAUUUAUUUAAUUUAUUAAAUUGUC